AAUGUCACUAUGGGUAGAUAAAUAUAGACCUCGAAGCUUAGGAAAAUUAGAUUACCAUGAGGAACAAGCAAAUAUGCUGAAGAAGCUGGUGCAAUCAGGAGACUUUCCCCAUAUGCUGGUUUAUGGGCCCAAUGGAGCAGGCAAGAGGACAAGAAUUAUGGCGGUAUUACGAGAGCUCUAUGGACAUGGUGUCGAAAAAUUGCGUCACGAGCACCAAACUUUUACUACACCAUCAAAGAAAAAAUUGGAAAUUUCCACAAUCGCAAGCAAUUAUCACAUCGAAGUAAAUCCCAGUGAUGCGGGAAUAUACGAUAGAGUUGUUAUCCAAGAUCUUAUUAAAACCGUUGCCCAAACUAACCAACUGGAAUCCUCAUCUCAACGGGAGUUUAAAAUUGUUCUAAUAAUGGAGGCUGAUCGCUUAACCAAGGAUGCUCAGCAUGCUUUAAGAAGAACUAUGGAAAAGUAUAUGUCCACAUGUAGAAUAAUUUUAUGUGCAAAUACGACAAGUAAAGUAAUUGGAGCAAUACGCAGUCGUUGUUUAGCGGUUAGGGUUUCAUCCCCCACAAUUGAGCAGAUCAUGAUUAUUCUCACGUUCGUUUGCAAGAAGGAAGGCUUAAGUCUACCAAAUGAAUUAGCAAAGAGAAUAGCAGAGUAUAGUCAAGGAAAUUUAAGAAAAGCUUUACUAGCAUGUGAGGCUUGUAGAGUUCAACAAUAUCCCUUUUCCGACGAUCAAGAAAUACCAAAAGCUGACUGGGAAGUAUAUUUAAAGGAAACAAGUAGUUUGAUUGUUGAAGAACAGAGUCCGAACAGACUUCUGCAAAUUCGAGAAAGAUUAUACGAACUGUUGGUGCAUUGUAUUCCCCCAGAAAUGAUUAUGAAAAAAUUAUUACAAGAAUUAAUGAUGAACUGUGAUGGAACGUUAAAAACGGGGGUUAUACAAGCUGCUGCAAGAUUUGAACAUCGUAUGCAAAAGGGACAGAAACCAAUUUACCACUUGGAAGCUUUUGUCGCCUAUUUUAUGGCAAUGUAUAAGAAAUUUUUAGAAGAUGGUAUGACGGCCGAUUGGUAA